CAACUUGAUAGUCGCGAGCAGUACAACAGCUAUUUGUGGAUGUUGCGACAAGUGAUUCUGGGUCUUGAAGUCAGCGCAAAGCCCUAUAUCGGCUUUUUCAAAUCUACACCUGGUUCCUCAAGCCAUCCGUCUCCUACAGGACACAGCCAACAACAAUUAGCCAAUAUGGGUGGAUUAGCAAGUGUCUUUAUGCUGCUAGAAGUGGCAAAGGAGAAACGUCUAAAAGAACGACUCACUGUCAAAUCGAAUAACUCGUCACAAGACAGUAACCCUCUAAAUAUGAAGGAUGAAAACAAAAUUCAUUUUUUGGCUCAUAAUCCUUUGGGACGAGCCAAGUCCAUCAAUUCUACUUCACGCUUAACUUCUUCUUUGGUAAUUUACACCCCAUAA